AUGGAGUUGUUUGAAGAUCCUGAGUUCUUGAAUGCACGAAGAACUAUCAAAGAAUUAGUGAAAGUUGGAUCUGUCAAAGAGGCGUUUAAAAUCAUAGUGAAAGCAUCUCCAACAAAAUUCUUCUUGAUAUUCCUAAUUCUCGUUCUCCCUCUCUCACUAUUCCAACUCUUGUUUGAGGCUAAUACUCGACACAUAGUCUCUUUCUUUACAUGGGAUCUAAUUUACAAAUCAUCACCUGAAUACUUACUUUCUGAUCAGAAACUCGUUAGCGAUUCUAUCCAUGACUGUGUCUACCUUGUUCUCUUCUCCACCUUCUAUCUUUUGUCUACCUCUGCUAUGACCUUCACCAUAGCAUAUCUUCAUGUAUCCAAACCAUUGUCUUCCAUCUCUGUUCUUUCUGCUAUUCCUCGUAUCUUCAAACGUCUUGCAAUCACGUUUCUCCAUGCUUUACCCCUCAUUUUCCUGAUCCACACAGCUUACUUGGCUGUUGUUGCUCUGAUUACACUUGUUAUUACUGUGAUUGGUACGGUACCAAAAACUAAUUAUGUCCUGGUAUCCCUACUCAUAAUAGAUAUCAUUUUUCUGCUUAUCUGUUUUGCUUUCGUCUUGGUUGCUCGUGCGCAUACUGUAGCAUCAUGGAGUUCUGCUAACGUAGUUUCUGUUCUUGAACCAAAUACAUACGGUUCAGCAGCCAUAGAGAAGAGUAAACUACUAUUGGAGGAGAAAAAAAAUAUUAAGGAUAUUCUUGUACUGCUCCACUUGGGUACUGAAGUACUUGUUUGUCUUGUGCAAGCUAUGCUCUGUGAUACGAACAUCAUAGCUAGGGUUUUGAUCAUCUCGUUAUGUGUCAUCGCACUGGCAGCAGGAAAUUUCUUGGGGCUAACUGCUCAAAAUCUCAUGUAUUAUGUCUGCACAGGUUAUGAUAAUCAAGUGAUUGGAAAAAGAGUAUGUGAUUAUUGCGUUUUAGAGAAAACGGAGUUUGGUAAAGAUAAUCGUGCUGAUAAGUUGGAGGUUAAUUUAAACGAUAUGUUUGUAAUGUAA